AGCAUUUGUGGCUCAAUAUAUACGAUACCACGAUUGCUCUCCAUGUCCUCUAUUAGCUAGCGAUGCCAUUGGCAUCGCGCUUGGGUUUUGCAGCGUCCCUUGCGCCACUAGCUUCUGCGCUGCUGCGUCCACAGGUCCGCUCGGAGGCAAACGCUGUGCCGUUCCGUAAUCGCACCAAUCCAGACGAUCUUCUUCGAAGAUUCGGAUCAACUAGCCAUUCGGGCGAGCUCGACGAUUACGACACCUGGUUAGACGGGCAUGCAGCCGAUCUUGACGCAAGGUGCACGGAAUGCGUUGUAGUCGAGCCCGAAGACGAGGAACAGGAGAUGCACGCUCUCGCCGAGGAGAAGUGUUCGAUUCUGGUAUCAGGUAGAGGGAAAGCCCUGGAGAAUGGAGCCAUCGUGUAUCUGGUGACCCGGCCAAUGGAUUUGAAUCGAUUGAAAGACAGCUUGCCUCGGCUAUGGUAUUACCUGUUGCGGCAUUGGCAAUAUGAUGUGAAAGUGUUCGUGCCAGGGCAGAGCUUGCGCGAGCUCGACCCCGAGAGCUUUGGCACGUCCCCGUCUAUUCAGCACGUGAACGACACACUGGCCCAGUACAGCGGGUUGCCUGUGGAUUACAACAUCGAAGUCGUGCCUUUUGACCUCGAAUUUCCAAAGGUCCUCGCAGACACCAACGGCGAGUGGAAACAGCGGAUGAAUGGGUGCGCACAGGCAGUCAGCGAGGCAGGCAGCGUUAGCUACAUGCACAUGAACCAAUUCUUCACCAAAGUCAUGUACGAGCACCCCGCCCUCGCGCAGUACCGCUACUAUCUCCGCUUGGAUGCUGAUUUCUCUUUCGUGAAGACUGUGAAGGAGGACCCGUUCUGCAUGAUGCGAUUCACUGGCCGCAAGUUUGUGUGGCAGAAACGGAAGGGCAUACAUGACCCGCGUUGUUCUGACGGGCUUUGGGAGUGGUUCGAGAGUUAUCGCGAUCAAAACGACUUGGCCGCGGGCAAGGACGAGAUCUUCUGGGGGGAGAACGGCGCACACGUGAACUACGUCGGAUUUGCCACCAUGGGAGACUUGAACUUCUUCCGCUCGGAGCGGGUGAGAAAGCUGGCGCACGCCAUCAACGAGGACGGCCGCAUCUACCUGAACAGGUGGUCGGACCAGACGUACUACGUUCUUCUGUUGGCGUUGUUCGAGGAGCACACGAAGGUCGGCGACAUGGGCUUCAACUGGCCGAAGGACUCGUGGUGCCACAAGUGCGAGUUCCCGGACACUGACAGGCCGCCGUUCUCGUCCGUCCCACUGAACUCCCCGCUGGCGCCGCCAUUGGGCGUCUUCGGCGGGCCCGGUGUUCACGACUGGGGCAAGUACAACUAGGCACUAGGCACCAUGGCCGCAGAGUUUGUUGCAGCGAACAAAGAGGUAAGAGAAAACCAUUGUACAAAAAAUUGACGUCCAGGGCCCCGGUAGGCUGGUCACCCCAGGGGCAGGGGCC